AUGGACAAGAAGAGCAUCGUUUUUCAACUGAUUUUUCUUCAGUUCUUAUCUGGGCUUCCAUCUUUCAACUCCAUGAGUUCACAAACUCAUUGCCUCCAGAUUGAGAGAAAAGCUCUUCUUGACUUCAAACAAAGUCUCACAGAUCCCUCUGGUAGAUUUUCUUCAUGGGUAGGUGAAGAAUGCUGCCAAUGGAAUGGAUUGACUUGUAAUAAUCUUACAGGAAAUGUAAUAAAGCUUGAUCUUCAGAACCCAUUUCAAAUUGAUGAAGCAGGACAUCAAGAAUCAGCUUUGAGAGGUAAGAUUAGUUCCUCUCUGAUUUACCUGGAACAUUUAGAGUAUUUAGACCUCAGCUUGAAUGAUUUUGAUGGAAGCCAGAUUCCAGAUUUCAUUGGCUCCUUCAGAAGUUUGAACUAUCUCAAUCUUUCUCAUGCAUCAUUCAGUGGGAUUAUUCCUCCCCAUCUUGGAAACAUUUCGAGCUUGCAUUUUCUUGAUCUUCAUGCAUUUUCUGAUUCUGAUCACUUGUUAAAUGCAAAAGACCUUCACUGGUUAACUGGUCUCUCUUCUUUGGAAUAUCUUGAUCUUGGAGGGAUUGAUUUAAGCAGUGUUGUAAACUGGCUAGAGGUAGUUAACAUGCUUCCUUCUCUGCUGGAACUUCGUUUGCAAGACUGCAAUCUGCAGAAUUUUCCUCAUUCACUUCCUUUUGUUAAUUUUACAUCACUUUCAGUCAUUGAUCUCUCCAGAAAUUGCUUUAAUUCGCCAAUGCCUGCUUGGCUUUUCAACCUUACUAGUCUAGAAGAGAUUCUUUUUAGCUCGAGCAAUCUGAUAGGUCCCCUUCCGAACACUUUCACAAAUCUGAUUUCCCUUCAGCAUCUGGAUUUGUCGAAUCAAUUCUUGGAAGGUUUACUCCCAAGCAGCCUGGGAAAUCUCUGGAAACUAAAGUCACUGAGAUUGUCUGCCAACAACUUAACUGGAAAUGUGAUCGAGUUUGUGGAUAGUUUAUCAGGAAAUAAUAGCUUGGAAGUGUUAGAUUUGACACAAAAUAAGUUUCAUGGAGAGUUACCUGUUUCUUUGGGAAAUCUCACCAGCCUGCGAUCUUUCGUCUUACGACAGAAUAUGUUCUGGGGUUCAUUGCCUGAGAGUAUUGGAAGAUUGUCAUCCUUGGAAGAACUAAGCAUGUUUGGCAAUCCGACAAAUGGUAGCAUUCCUGAAAGCAUUGGACUACUUUCCAAGCUAACUGUUAUGAAUUUUGGACAAACACUUUGGAAAGGUACCAUUUCAGAGAGGCAUUUCCUGAAUCUUUCACGAUUAGAAAAUCUGGAAAUAUCAUCAACAUUUCUCAAGAAAUCAUUGAACUUUAAUGUGGAUAGCAAGUGGAACCCUCCGUUUAAACUCAAGUCGAUCAUACUCGCACACAUUCAAGCAGGUCCAUUGUUUCCUGAGUGGGUUCAAACUCAAAAUGAUUUAACCAGACUAUUUCUGAACGAUAUUGGGAUUUCCAGCACCUUACCUGAUGGAUUCUGGAGCUGGUGUUCACAGAACAUUGAUGACCUGGAUCUUGCACAUAAUCAGAUAAGAGGCACAUUACCCAGAUCGUUGCAUUUCCAGUAUGCAGCAAAUGUAUAUUUGAUCUCCAACCAAUUCAAGGGCCCUCUACCAAUGUGGACUAACUUGCGCCGCCUUUAUCUUUGGGGUAAUUCUUUUUCAGGACAAAUUCCUGAAAACAUAAGUGAGAUCAUGCCAAAGCUACGGGAUUUAGAUCUUUCAGAAAACUGUCUCACUGGUGGCAUUCCCCCUUCUAUUGUCAACAUGAGGUAUUUGAACACACUUGUUCUUUCAUUCAAUCAAUUGUCUGGACAACUUCCUAAGAACUGGAAUCAACUUCGUCGCUUACAAGUUCUAGAUGUAUCUAACAAUAACCUUUCUGGUACUAUUCCUGGUUCAAUAGGUUUUCUUCAUUCAGUUCAACUGCUAAGCUUCAGCAGUAACAAAUUUUCUGGCAAAAUCCCAUUAUCCAUGAAAAACUGUACAGAACUUUGGAACCUUGAUCUAAGUGACAACAGAUUGUCUGGAAGCAUACCAGCAUGGAUAGGAAACAUAACUUCCCUUCUCAUACUGCAUCUACGGUCAAACUUCUUCAGCAGUAAAAUUCCGACACAGCUAUGCCAUCUCUUGAAUCUUCAUGUACUGGACCUUGCAGACAACAAUUUAUCAGGGCAGAUUCCCCAAUGUCUGGGAAAUUUAAGUGGAAUGAUCUCUGAUGUUCCAUCUGAACUUGUUCACCAAUAUCAGGGGCGUGUGACGAUCGUAGCUAAGGGAAGAGAGCUUGAAUACAGCAGCACACUUUCACUGGUAAAGAUCAUUGAUCUGUCAGCCAACAAUCUGACUGGUAAAGUGCCUGAAGAAAUAACCAGCCUUCUCAGAUUGGGAACCUUAAACUUAUCCAUGAAUCAUUUGACAGGAAGAAUCCCACCAAUGAUUGGAAGCUUGCGCUGGUUGGAAACACUUGAUCUCUCAAAAAACCAGCUUUCUGGCACAAUUCCGUCGAGUAUAUCUAUGAUAUCAUCCUUGAAUCACUUUAACCUAUCCUACAAUAACUUAGCAGGGAGAAUCCCACUAGGUAACCAGCUUCAAACCCUGAAUGACCCAUCUAUUUAUGAAGGUAAUCCAGGACUCUGUGGGGAUCCUCUAAAAAGGAAGUGUCCAGAUGACAAUAUAUCGAGCGAAACAAGUGAAGAAGACAAUGAUGAAAAUGAAAUUUUUGAUACUCUAUGGUUUUAUGUUGGUUUGGCAUCUGGCUUCAUUGUGGGGUUCUGGGCAGUGUGUGGUUCAUUGCUACUAAAUAAGUCCUGGAGGCUAAAGUAUUUCAAAUUCAUUGAGGAAAAGAAGGAAAAAGCAUGUGUCUCCAUUGCAGUAACUUUGGCUCAUUGGAAGGGAAGAAUGAAGUCUAUCAGAAAUAGAGACACACAAGCAACAUUCUCAAUCACUUAG